GACCCCACUCUCCCUUAACACGUCUUCACGGUUUUGACGUUUACAUCUAAUAUUUUAGGUCAAUCAUUUUAAAUACCAUAGACUUUUCCUUUUCAAUUAUGUCCGUGAUUUUAUAACGCUCGAACGUUAGCUAGAGUAUUUUUAAUGUUUUAAAUAGAGAGAGAAGCACAGCUGCAAGUUAGUAUUCAUCGGCAAUAUGGCAAGCCCGAGGACGAGACGCGUUUUGCAAGAACUGAAGCCCAAUAAUGAGAACGAUAAAUGCUUCGAGUGUCAAACUCACAAUCCACAAUGGGCUUCUGUCACAUAUGGUAUAUGGAUUUGCCUGGAGUGCUCUGGCAAACAUCGCGGAUUAGGCGUGCAUUUGUCGUUUGUGCGCUCCAUAACCAUGGACAAGUGGAAGGAUGUGGAGUUGGAGAAAAUGAAGCUUGGUGGAAACAGGAAUGCCAGGGUCUUCUUUGAGGCACAGGAUGAUUAUGAUGAUUCUAUGAGCAUCCAGCAGAAAUACAAUACUAAGGCAGCAGCUCUGUACAGAGACAAGGUAUCAUGUUUGGCUCAGGGCAAGCAUUGGGAUGCCAAGAAAUCGCCAGCUCAAAAUUAUUCUGGCAGUAUGCUGGGCUCAGGCAGCAGCUAUGCUUCAUCUAAUUCCAACUCGUAUCAAUCAGACAGUUACCAGAACAAUGGUUAUCAGAGUAAUGGGGGAGUGCAGAACUACAACUCGCCCGAAUUCAAGAACGAGAAAGAGGCGUUCUUCUCCAAGGUCCAAAACGAGAAUGCUAAUCGACGAGAUGAUUUGCCACCUAGUCAGGGCGGGAAAUACAGCGGCUUUGGAUACACAAGGGAACCACCACCAAGGAGCCAAUCUCAGGAAAUAUUCGACAACACGCUCUCCUCUUUAGCUAGCGGAUGGUCGUUCCUUUCUUCUUCCGCGACUAGAAUAGCAAGUAAAGCAUCGGAGAGCGCCUUGAAAUACGGCGGGAUUGCAUCACAAAAGGUAGUUGAUAUGGGGUCGCAUGUUGGGGACAAGGUUAGGGAGGGUAAUUUGUUAGAAGAUGUAGGCUGUCAGGUCUCCACUUUGGCAAACAAGAUGGGCGAUUUGGGUAGGAAAGGCUGGAGCCAAGUGUCCGGAACGAACGCGCCCGGUGGUGAUUUCAACACCGGUGGAUAUGGACAAGUCGGAGGAGACAACUACCAGUCUCCGGGCGAAAAAUCUUAUUUGGUGAGCGGCAACGGAGGCGGUGGCAACAGCUUCAGUCAGCAAGACGAUUGGAGUUACAGCAGUCAGCAAGGGUCUAAGGCUUCCAGCCCGAAGAGCCCCAGUUGGGGCUAUCAGAACGAUAGCCAAAGCUUCCAUUCCGAGCAAUUCGACUCGAAAUCGACGUCACCAACGUCCCCUGGUGAUGGCCAGAAGAAGGCUGCCAAAUCUGGCGCUGCUAAGAAGACGAAAGAUCCCGAAAAGAAGUGGGAUAACAAAUGGGGAGACGACGAACUCUGGGAGAGUCUUAACAAUUAAUUAAUGUAUCCUAGCUUUAAUGUUAUUAUUGCAUGUAUAUACCUACUAUCCAUCAUAUAUUUAACGUUUCCUUCUUCGAUUUCAUUUCUUGAGAUUAUGCCAAAACUACUUAGAAGCGAGAGAAAAAAAAAACAAAACAACACAAAAAUGACAACAUCAUGAGA